AUUCAUACAAGUGUUAUUGUGUAAAUGUAAAUACAAUUAGAGUCAAUAAUAUCCUUGCUUAAAAUUUUUUUAUCUAUUAAAACUUAAAUCAAAUAACAACAAAAAAUAUAUAUAUAUUUUUAAAAGUAAUUUCUGUGAGACCUUUAUCUUUUUCGGUUAAGACUAGUUUUAAUAAUAAAAGGAAAGUUAUUAUAACAUAACAGAGAACUAAUUUUCUUUAUUUAUAUCAGUAUUGAUUGAUUUAUUAAUCAAUAAAUCACAAUGAUUGUCCGUAGUGUAAUUGUUAUAUUUGUAAUUUUUAUAUUGUCUGAUGAUAUCAGAUCAACAUUGGGUACGCAUUUAGAUCCAUCUGACACUGUUGUACAAGUUCACGUGAGUUUUCGACAUGGUGAUCGAGUAUUGGAUAUUCCCGAAUCUUAUCCAAAUGAUCCAUACAAAGAUCUUGAUUUAUAUCCCUUAUCCAGGGGUCAUUUAACAAAUAAUGGAAAACAGAGAGCGUAUAAAUUAGGGAAAAUGUUACGAACACUGUAUAAUGAUUUUUUGGGUGAUAUUUAUGAUGCUGAAAUUGUUCAAACAAUAUCAACGGAUUUUGAUCGUACGAAAAUGAGUGCACAAUUAGUUUUGGCUGGAUUAUUUCCACCAAACAAAGCUCAGCAAUGGGAUGAGGAAUUAUUAUGGCUACCAAUACCAGUUAAUUAUAUAAGACAUGAAAAGGAUACGUGGUUAAAACGGCCAAAUGAUUAUUGCAAAGCAUAUUAUGAUGAAUUAAUGAGAGUAUACCAUGAUGUCGAACCCGAAAUCUUGCAAGAAAAUAAUGAAACACUUCAGUAUAUUUCUCAACACGCAGGCAAAAAAAUGAAUUCAUUGUUAGAUGUAUUCCGAAUGCAACAAACGCAAUACUCAGAGGAACAAUUAAAUUUUACGUUACCAGAAUGGGUUAAAAAAGUAUAUCCAGAACCAUUAGGCAGUUUAGGUGCAAAACAAAUGGAAUUAGAAAAUCAUAAUACUCUAUUGAAACGAUUGAAUGGAGGUAAUAUUUUACGAAAAAUAUUGAAGAAUGCUCACGAUAAAAUUGCGGGUACAUUGGAGCCAAAAGGACGCAAAAUUUAUUUAUAUUCUGGACAUGAAACAAAUGCAGCAAAUAUUUUAAUUGCAUUGGAUAUUUGGGAUAAAACAAUUCCAUUAUUUAGUUCAGCUACAAUCAUAGAAUUAGUACAUCGAAAUUCAACUAAUGAAUAUGGAUUAAAGGUAUACUAUCAUAAUCAAAUUGCUGAGGAACCAAUACUUCUAACAGUGCCUGGAUGCGGUGAUUCAUUUUGUGAAAUAAAAAAAUUCAUAGAGGUGACCGAUGAUGUUGUCCCAAAGAACUACACUGCUGAAUGUAAUUCAUUAGUUGAUAUUGAUACAUUGCCUUGGGAAUAAAUCUCCUGGUUCCAAUUAUUGAAUUACUAUUUGAAAGUUUUUAUUUAUACUCAUUGUUGCCAUAAGAAAACUAAUAUACCAAAUUAAUGACUUCCGUAUGUAAAUAACAAAUUCUGAUUAAUUAAUAAUUUAAAAAUACAAAGUACAAAGUACUUUUGCUCUGUCUCGUUUGUUUUUCUCGAUAUCUCUCAUAGAGGAAAAUAGUUCGGUGGCAAUAUAAGAGCAAUUCAUAUAUGAGCUGUUGUUGUCACAACAUAGGAAAAGUUUAGGAAAUUACCUGGUUCUUCGAUUAUGGUGACAAAAUAAACGGAAAUAUCGAGUUU